AUGGCCGCUCCCAAGGAAAUUCGCUGGGGCAUCCUCGCUACCGGUGCCAUUGCCAAAACUUUCACCACCGAUCUCUUGUGUGAUCCCAAGACGCGUGGAGUGAACCACAUCAAGCACACUGUCGUCGCCGCUUCUAGCUCCAACAGCGUUGACCGCGCUGCCCAAUUCCUCAAGGAUGUCGGCGCGCCCUCGACCGCGAAGGCCUACGGUUCUUACGCAGAAUUCGUCAAGGACCCCAACAUCGAUAUCGUCUACGUCGCUACUCCCCACUCGCACCACUACCAGAACGUCAGGCUUGCCCUGGAGGCUGGCAAGAACGUGCUGUGCGAGAAGGCCUUUACCGUGAACGCUGAUCAGUUGAAGAAGCUGGUUGCGGUGGCCAAGGAGAAGAACCUUUUCCUCAUGGAGGCUGUCUGGACCCGUUACUUCCCUCUCUCCAUCUACGUCCGCGACAUUAUUAGCUCUGGCAAGAUCGGCACCGUCCAGCGCGUCUACGCCGACAACGCCCACGCCCUCGACCCCGAGACCGCCUUUGCCGAUGGCCAGCACCGCAUGGUCAACCCAGAUCUCGCCGGUGGAGCGCUCCUCGAUCUCGGCAUCUACUCCCUGACCUGGGUCUUCCAGACCGUCUACACCACCCUGCCCGAGGCGGAGCGCCAGCCGCCGUCGGUCCUGUCCUCGACCAACAUCUACGCCGGCACCGGCGCCGCCGACGAGCUGACGACCAUCCUGCUGAACUUCCCGCGCAGCGGCGGCAAGAACAACGUGCACGCCGUGGCCACGACGGGCCUGCGCUACGCCACCGACUCCAAGGGCGACCGCGACAGCGCCGGGCCCGCAUGCCGCGUCCAGGGCGACAAGGGCGAGAUCCAGAUCUUCCCGCCGCUGUACCGCCCCACCAAGACGCGCCUCGUGCUGCGCGACGGCACCGACGAGACCAAGGAGUGGCCGCAGCCCGGCCCCGGUGCCGGCUCCGGCUGGUACAACGGCUUCGGCGGCGGCCGCAACGCUGAGGGCGAGGGUCACGGCAUGUUCUGGGAGGCCGACGAGGCGGCGACGGCCCUCGUCGAGGGCCGCAAGGAGGGCAAGUACGAGAGCUUGGCCGAGAGCGUGACCAUCAUGGAGGUUAUGGAUGAGGUGAGGAAACAGGCCGGCCUGAAGUACCCCAGCAAGAUCGAGACUACCGAUUAUCCGGUGGCGUUGUAG